AUGCGGCAUCUGGUGUUUCUGGCUAUAAUUUCCGUGGCUCUGGUUUUGGCCAGGCCGGCAACGGAGGCACCUCGUCUGCUGAUCGACUCCGCGCCCUCGGUGGUCUCCUAUCAGGGUUCAUCGCAGGCACAGACCCGGUUCGUCAUCGCUCCCAUGGGCCGGGCAUUGGGCUAUGUGGAGCCCACCAACCUGAAUCGCACUUUCCACACGAAGGCCACGCAGGAGGACGGCGCCACGGGCUACGAGCAGCUCAAUCUGAGCCCGGUUUAUGUACCGAAUAGCUAGGCAAUCGAAUGGUGUAGUUUUAGAUAGUUAAAUGUGUAAAUAAAGACAGCUUGUAUAACAGUA